GUCUUAAAGUAUGUACAAAACAAAGAUGUUUUCAUGAGAUACCAUAAAGCUCAUUUAACAAGAAGGUUGAUCCUAGACACCUCCGCAGAUAAUGAGAAAGAAGAAAACAUGGUGGAAUGGUUGAGGGAAGUUGGCAUGCCAGCUGAUUAUGUAAAUAAACUAGCUAGGAUGUUCCAAGAUAUUAAAGUCAGUGAAGAUUUAAACACUGAAUUCAAAGAAGCUCACAGAAACAACAAUGAAGGAAUUGCAGAAUCUAUAAACAUAAAGAUAUUGAAUGCUGGUGCUUGGGCUAGGAGUAGUGACCGUGUUUCUGUGUCCUUGCCCAUGGAGCUAGAAGACUAUAUACCUGAAGUGGAAGAAUUUUACAGAUUAAAACACAGUGGAAGAAAACUACAAUGGCAUCAUCUCAUGUCAAAUGGCAUUAUAACAUUUACAAAUGAAGUAGGGAAAUUUGAUGUGGAAGUGACCACAUUUCAAAUGGCCGUCCUAUUUGCUUGGAACCAGAGGUCCAAGGAGAAGAUUACGUAUGAAAAUUUGAAACUAGCAACUGAACUUCCAGACUCUGAACUCAGGAGAACACUAUGGUCUUUAGUGGCAUUUCCAAAGUUAAAAAGACAGGUGCUAUUAUGUGAACCCGAGGCUAAAUCUCCGAAAGACUUCGGAGAUAGCACAUUGUUUCAUGUUAACCAGCAAUUCUCUCUUAUAAAAAAUGGCAAAGUACAAAAACGUGGUAAAAUCAAUGUUAUUGGUCGACUGCAACUGUCUACAGAGAAGAGUAAAGAAGAGGACAAUGAAGGAAUCGUACAGCUGAGAAUACUCAGAGUUCAGGAAGCAAUUGUUAAAAUCAUGAAGAUGAGAAAGAAAAUAACAAAUGCAGCACUUCAGACUGAACUGGUUGAAAUCCUUAAAAAUAUGUUUUUGCCAUCAAAGAAGAUGAUAAAAGAACAAAUAGAGUGGCUUAUUGAACACAAGUAUAUGAAGAGGGACGAAGACAACAUCAAUAUGUUUAUUUAUAUGGCAUGAUAACUGCUUCAACAUACCACUUCAUAGACUUUUUCUUUCAUUUAUAACCAUGACUGGCUAAGAGUUAACUUCUGCACUCAAUGUUUUACUUAUUAUACUAUUUUCUUCCCAUAUCCAUCAAUGACGCAGGGCUGCCAUAUUGUGACAAAUUGCCUCAACAAUGACCACAGGAUAUUUAUUCAUUUACCAAAAUAUUUUGAAGACAACAAAGAUGUGGAUGUUGAAUUUUCCAUGCCUUACUUAAUUUUUUAUCUAUUUUGAGGUUUUAAUAUUAUAUUAAUACCAUGUUGUUACAAAACCAUGGAUAGGCAUGGAAUCCUUUUUAUAAUUCUCAUAAUGUAUGGUUGUGAGUCAGGGAUUGCUCCCUACUCUGGCAGCUACUGUCAUUCUUUUCAUACCAGCAUUUUAACCAUCAGCUGUAAGAUCUUUUAUAUUCCAGAGCAUGUAUUUUUUUCAUUGUAUUAAAAUGUCUUUGCUUGAAUAUGACACUAAAUGGACCUAAUAAGCUAUGCUAAAUCAAGACACUCAGGUGUUUCAUCUGUUUGUUGAAUUGUGGUAUGUUAUUGUUUCAUGCCUAACUUAUCUAUUCAGAAAUAACUGCAAGCCACAUUGUUUAUCUAUUCAGGGACAUAUCAAACUGUUUAACAGUAAGAUGACUUGGUUGGUAUUUAAGUUUCACAAAUACCCUUUCAUGUAAAGAUGGAAAGUAUGUCAGCCUAUUUAUUUAAACUUUCUUUUUAAUUUCACACAGUAUGAAGACAAACUGAUUAAAUUGUGAAAACUGA